UGAGGUAAUCAUCGUAAAUGGGUACGCUAUUGAGAAACGUGAAAACACCCGCGGAACAUCUACGUUGACAACAGGAAGUCAGAUGGUCACCAACCUUCGAACAGGUGUCAAAUUGGCCACAGGCAUUGUACGAAGUCUCAGCUCUGUUGCCAUGCAGCUUCGACCAGUUGUAUUCAGUGGUCCAUCAGGAAGUGGAAAGAGCACCUUGGUGAAAAGACUGAUGAAAGAAUAUGAGGACUGCUUUGCAUUCAGUAUAUCGCACACAACAAGAAAACCACGCCCAGGUGAACAAAAUGGGAGAGAAUAUCAUUUUGUGACACGAGAAGAGAUGGAAAAAGCCAUCAGUAAUGGAGAGUUUGUAGAGCAUGCAGAAUUUUCCAUGAACCUGUAUGGAACUAGUAAAAAAGCAAUAGAAGAUGUAGCUAGCACAGGCAGAAUAUGUAUUCUGGACAUAGAUCUUCAAGGAGUGAAAAGCAUUAAGAAGACUAAUCUAAAUCCAAGAUAUGUCUUUGUACGGCCACCAAACUUGCAGAUACUGGAGCAAAGAUUAAAAGGCAGAGGAACAGAAACAGAUGAAACUUUAAAGAAGAGGUUAAGUACAGCCCAGGCUGACCUAGAUUAUGCUAACCAGAAGGGUUCUUAUGACCAUAUAAUAAUUAACGAUGAUCUAGACAUUGCCUAUGAAAAACUAAAAGGAAUCCUGAUAGAGGAUAUACAGAAACUAAGAGGGGGCAUGGAAGGAUAUUGACACACUGCGGAAAGACAAACUGAAGCAACAUUAAAUCAUUAACAACCAUGCCGAAAAUUAAAGACCUUAGAUGAAAAGCACAACACAAAGGAGGGCAAUACAUUUCUCACAAUACAGUGUUCUUUUUUUCUAGAUAAGUGGAAGAUGCUUUAGAUAAAAUAUUGUGUUGUGCAGAGACAAUUGUAUUUGUACUUACUUUAUUCUUGUUGAUGACAUUCGGGGACACUGGUAAAAUAUUUUUUAAAACAUAGCAUUUUAGUUGUAGAUGAAGUUAUGAUACAUUUUAUGGAGUCUGUGGAAGGAUAAAGGCAUGUUAGGUAAUAAAAGUUAAUGCAUGCAAAACAUUAAUAUUAUAAUUUAUAUUUUGCCAUAUUUUAUUUUCUUUUUGAGGGGUUGGGGGGCUUCUCUGGAUGAACCAAUUGGGUCAUUCUGUAUUUCAUAACACGCACAUACUGUGUAACAGAAGUGUCUUGACAAAAAUUCCAAUUAUGAGUGCUGACAAAAACCCUGUCAAUCAAAAUUUUAAACUUUUUAAGUGUUAUGACUGCAUAUUUAUUAAAAGGUUUAAUUUCAUUACAUUUGACAUCUAUCAUUAUUGCUUCUUUUAAUCAUUCAUAUUGCAGGGUUAGCAUUUACCAAGUAUAGAAUGCAUAAAAAUUAUCUGCCCUUUGAGCCUUAGUUUUCAAAAAUACUUUCUCUUUAUAAUUUGUAAUUUUUAUGAGUAGUUAAAUGCUGUGUACAAUCUUCACAGUGUAGUUUGCAAUCUCAUUUUUAAUGCAUAAUUUCAUUUGAACUCCUAGUAAGUUAUUAAUCAGUCAGUCACACAAACAGCCAAAAUAUGAAUUAUUACUUUUCUUGUCAAGCAACUAAUUGAAUUGCAUAUCUUAAGCUUUAAAUAAUUGCAUUAAAUAAGGUCAUUUGUAGCACAGCUGUAGAACACUUUUUCACAUGGUCAGAAGUUUAUUUUUUGCGUUUCUUUUUUUGUGGUUAGUAAAUUUUAUGCAAGAAACAUAAUAUUGUCCAGUUACUUUACUGUUUCGUUUAACAUACAUUUUAACUUUGUUCUUUUCAUCAUUUCAAAAUGUACCAGUUGAUAUUUGUCAGUUGAAGUUUAGUUUUAUUUCUCAUGAGUAGCAACAAAUGACUGAAUUGAAGUAUCUUUUACUUUAUAUUGAAGUUGAAAAAGGGUAGACAAUUGAAUAUAAAGCUGACAAAACUCUGAAGGUUUAAAAAAUUCAUUUAUUUCAUUUACUGGUAUAUAAUGGACCACUGUAUAAUUCAAAGUAAUAAAAAAGACUAAAAUAAAAUAACUGUUGUAUUUAUACUAAG